AUGGAGACUCCCCUUAUUGGUGCUACCAAGAUAAAACAAGAUAUUUUGGAUGCCAUGUCAUAUUUGAAUGAUCAACAAUACCAUGCCGAACGAUAUUGUGUUUCUAUUUCUCAGAAAUCUACUAAAG